AUGAAAACGAAUAUGUGGCCAACAAGUGAUAAAUCAAAGUUGUCAAGACUACUUCGUAGCAUCAAGAAGCUUCGUCGAACAACAAAGGUUUUCGACUCCUCGUCCACGACUGGCAGUAGUUAUCACUAUGCUGAGAAAAAGAUUGCAACAACGAACCCACCUUCAACACCGAGAAGUUCAAGAUUCUUCAAAAAUCAACUUAAUCAAAAUAUUAACUUUAACAAUAAUAACCACGUCAAUAGACGGCAACAAAUUCAACGACGAUUCUCACGACAACGAAAUAGAUAUCACAAUCCAUCCUCAGUUGCAGUUCCAGUCAAUCGACACGUGUUAUACAGUCUUCCUUCGUUGAACGAUCUGGAAGUUUUCUACUACGGGUAUCCGAAACAUAAUCUUAUCAUUGAGGCCGCGACAGUUGUGCUACGAAUAGAGAAUGGUGAUUGGGUUACGGAUGAGGAAAGGGUCAUGAUACGCGCUAAAUUGGGUGCUGCUAUUUGCCGUGUUUUUCCACCCGGGACUCCAGAAUAUUUGAGUUGGCAAGCAUUGUUAGAUUUGUGGAAACGGAUACCUGAUUCCCGAUUCUAUGUAGUCCACUAUUAG